AUGGCUGACAGGCCUGAAUCUAGCCCCAGCCCCGCUGCGGGUGCCCGAAUCCACAAGUCCUGUGAUGCCUGCAAGGCGCGCAAGGUCCGCUGCCCCAUUGCGGGCCAACUCUUGCCAACAAACUACUCUACGGUCGGGCAACAAGCCCCAGCUGCCCCCGAUGCGAAGGCAGUCCUUGAUCUCUCGACUGCCACCACUGGUGAACAUAAGUCAGUUUCAUCUCCUUUAGGCUCGCCGCCGCCAAAAUCUCCUCCACAUCGCAUUCAAGAGCUGUACGUCGACCGGGCUCUCACGAGAGCACGGCGGCCGCCGACAGCCAACAGCAAGAACUCGGAAGACUUAGUCUUUGUGCCUCGCAACGGCAUUUUCGGUGGCCGCAACAGCUUGACCUUCUUCUCAGACAGCAGACUACUUUCGCUUUCAACUCGACUACGCAACAAUAAGGUCAAUGAACUUGUUGGCAGGAUAUCGACGAUCGUCAAUGGCCGAUUAAGGCGGGCUGACUCGACCGCCAACACCCGCCGAAUGCCACAGCCUGAGUCGGUCACGGACAGUACCAAAACAUCCUUGUACAUCCGAAUGUACUUCGAGCGCGUGCACCCUGUGUUCCCCUUUCUAGAUAAGGCGCUGUUUGAGGCGACAGUGAAUGGGCCCAACUUCCUCACACUUCUCGAGCGAAGCAAGCCCUGGUCAUGUCUGUAUCACACCAUUCUUGCACUGGGAUCACAGUAUGCGGAUGGCGGAACAUUCGAGGCAGGAAAGGGCGAAUCGUGGAGGCUGUUCUCGGUCGCCCUCGGCGGCUUCUCAGACCUUCUGCUUCUUCCCGAUUCACUCACCAUACUACAAGCUUUGACGGCAAUGUCAGUUUACGGGUUGGGCAUCUGUGGACUGGCCGUGGAACCGGUUAUCAUGUCCGAAGCAGCAAGACGAGCCCAGAUCAUGUCGACCAACAACUUCACAGGGACAGCUGCUGUCGCGUAUCAGAAGGCCUUCUGGAUUUUGUACACCAUUGAGAAGAUUACCAGUUUUCACUUUGGAAGGAGUUCGAGCUUCGUUGACAGCGACAUCUUCUGUCCUAUUCCCCUUGUCCCUGAGGCAACGGUGGGUGACUUCAACUGGUUCUUGCAUUUCAUACGAUUCGGACGCCUAUUAUCACGCGCGUACACCUCGCUUUUCUCAGUAGGCGUUUCGGGCAACUCCAACUCGUACUACCUCGAUGUUAUUAGCCAGCUGACAGAUGAGCUGGAAGAAUGGAGGUCCUCGUUGCCUGACAACGGAUUCAAGCCGGAUGGGCUUGUCCGCCCACAGGUUCUCCUGACACCCUUGGCCAGAGCUCUCUCUCUGAUAGUUCACUACCUAUACAGCAGCCUUUUACUGACAUUGUCGAGAACAACCUUGGUAUAUCUCCAAAGUACAGAGGAUGCGUCGGUCUUGGCGAGGAAGAACUCCAACAUGAAAGCAAUUCUCGGGGCAUCUCGGUCUAUCUUGGAGUUGACGACUAUGAUUGAAGUCGAGCCGUACACGGUGACUUGGGUUAUUGCGGGAAUUCCGAUAACGGCACUUUUCGUAUUGUUUGACAUCGUCGUUCACGACCCGCGCCAACCGGAAGUGGCUUCUAACCUAGCUCUGCUCGACAUGGCUGCUGGUCACUUCAGCAGAAUCGAAUACGCAAGUGGCGGGACCCUGCCAGGCUCGCUCAUCGCCGAAUUCGCCAAGAUCGCGAGGGACUACGUGAAUGAGAUUCAACAUGGCGACAUCAGAAUAUCUGGCCUCGCGCGCUCAUCCACGGCGGCGCAAGACUUGGGCACACCUCUCACCAGACCGCCGUCCAGCAGGAAUAACAUGAAACCCAUGGAAAUGACGCUGGACCUAUCAAAUACCAUGCCUGGCGACGCUUUCACGACCACUGCGAUGACCAUGCCGUCAAGCUUUGCGGACUUUUCCUUCGACAACGGCCUUGAUCAAGUCUCACCCGGCGCAUUGAUGGGAACGGACGUGAUGGGAAUUUUUAGCUACUUUCUGCCGGACUUGGAUCCCAUGUUCUAUCAGGGACUUUCUGCAGAGUAUGACUUCUCUCAAGGGGGACCUAUAAAUAUGGACAAGUGA